AUGGACACGACAACAACCAAAGAGAAACCAGAUGCCCAUCAUAUACACAAGGAGAGCAAGCAUACCCACUCCCACAGUGGUGCCGCUAUAUUCCACCACCACCAUCAUUCAUUGCAUGAGCCCAACCAACAUUUGUUGGACAAAACUUCCCCGGCGUCCCGGAUCACCUGGAUCGGGCUUUUCGUCAAUGUCGGCCUCGCAAUUUCCAAGGGAAUUGGUGGGGUAUACUUCCACUCGCAAGCAUUAAUAGCCGAUGCAAUCCAUUCCGUUGGCGACAUGAUUGCCGACUUCCUCACGCUUGCCACGGUCAAUGUCGCGGCUAAAGUAGGAACACCUACCAAGUUCCCCUUGGGCUACGGGAAGAUCGAAUCUAUUGGGUCGUUUCUCGUUAGUGCCAUUUUGCUUUUUGCUGGUAUUUCCAUCGGAUGGUCUUCAUUAAUCCUGAUUUUCGAGUUUGUGUUGCCUUCAUACUGGUACGACAUCGUUAGUCAAGUCCACAUUGGCCAUUCCCAUUCACACACCGACAUGUUAACUUCGAGCGACCAUGGGCACUCCCAUUCACACUUGUCGGGACUAGCCGAACCAGAACUCAGACCUCAUAAAGUUGUCCCCAACAUCAAUGCUGCUUGGCUUGCCGGUGCAUCUAUCAUCGUCAAGGAAAUUCUCUUUCGCGAGACUCUUAAAGUCGCCAACCAAACCAACUCCAAAGUGUUGGUGGCCAAUGCCUGGCAUCACAGAAUCGACUCCUUGACUGCAGUAGUAGCGUUGCUUACCGUCACCGGAGGAGUGUUAUUCAAUGUCGCUUGGUUAGAUUCUGUUGGUGGGAUUGGGGUUUCCAUCUUGAUUAUCAAGGCCGGCUGGGAUACCAUCAAGGAAGCAUGGUUUGAGUUAAUUGACCGUGGUGAAAAGCCAGGAAGUGAAUUGUAUGACAAAAUUGAUGAGAUUGUGCGCCAGGAACUAUUAAGUAAUGAAGAGUUGAACAAGUUUAAGUUGGCACAAUUGUCGGUGUUGUCCAGUGGUGCCAAUACAAAUAUCCGGAUGGUGCUUCACACCGAUGUCAAGGGUAUUGAUUUGAAAAUGUUGAACAAGUAUGAGGAACAAUUACUGGCGUUGAUUAAAGAAGAUGACAAGUUUGUCAGAAACAUAUUCAUCCAGUUCAAAGAAGUUGAUCAACUAGAAGAUGAGCACACCCAUGAGCAUGAACACACUCACGACCAUACACACAGUCACGACCAUCAUGACCACACCCAUUAA